GCAUCUGUGUGUAUAGAAUCUCUUCAUAACAAUUAUGUCCAUGAUGAGUGUCUUUAUUGGUUGGAAUAUCUCAAGUCAAGGUUAAGAGAGAAAAAGGAAGAUAAGAGAAGUCUGACAGGAUACAAWUCCAAUAGAGGCAUAGAAUUUAAACUUCCCGUAAAAGUUGACGUGGAAAUGAUAGACUGUUCAACUUGUCUGUUUCUUAACCAUGAGAGAGCUGACCAACCAUUAUGUCGUGCUGUGCUGGCGUCAUGUGUUGUCAAUAUAGACAUUCCCAGAAUGGGUGUAGAUACAGAUAAUGCAUCUCACAGAAUAAGAAUGGAGACUCGUCUAGAGAAUGCAUAUAUUUACUUUGAUGCUUUGAAGACACUACCAGAGUCAUUUGACAGUAUAGACACCACGUCAUACACUCUACCAGAUAAUCCCUCACUCCUUCCCAAUACAAAUAACCAUGUUUGGGGAAGAACACUGGCUAUGGGAACCUUUGCACUACAGUGUGAUGUAGAGAUGCCUGCAUUGGAUAAUAAACCAAUGAAUGUCAGGAUGAAAGCAGAGGCCAGUUGUCUUUCUGUAGAAUGGUCUCAUCAAGUAUGCACAGCAAUACUUCACCUUUCCAAACAGUUUACCACAACUACAGCCAUGGCAACAACUAGUAACAUCAAUGAUGAAACACCUAACAGGAAAAAAAUUUGUAURGAUACAGAAAUCAGAUUACGUGGAGUAAACAUCUUUUAUCUUGGMACUCGUGAAAGUGGYGUUGACUCAUUUGUGUACAGGACUGACAUGGUAGUAGUAACAAUACCAGUCACUGAACCAGCUUCACUGGAAGCAUUUGGACUAAACAUUUCUAGAAUGGUUGGACUGAAAAGGGCUCCUUACAAAUGUCAUCUGUCAAGAGAUAUCAKUGACCCUUGUCUGUCAGUCCCUGUUAUUACUGCAUCACUAACCAAAGACAAGAUAAUUUCAUGUAGUGUUAAUGACACAUUGGUCAAUUGGGAUCCCACAUUACAUAUGGCACUCAAUGAUAGAAUCCAGGAAAUCACACAAGAUAUUGCAAGUGUUAAAGGAAUUUUUAUGAGGAAAAUAGAAUCAGAAGAGAGARAGGCUCAAAAAACAAAUUCAACAGUAAUGACACRUAUCAAGUGUGAAAUCUCAGCAUUCAAACUGGAUGUGAAGACCUCAUCAUCAACAAGAUUUGGCRUUCAGUUUGCUAAGUCCAACAUCAACCUACAGGCUAAUGAUCUCAGUGUUGUUAUAGAAACAGCAGCUGUACUUUUUGAUAAUAACAACACWUUUUCAUUUGAGAAUGUCAAACUUCAGAGAUCUUCACAAAUGSAAGAAGUGCAGAAUGUGAGGAAGGAGUUUGUCAACCUUACAACAACCAGCAACAUAACAUGGAUUAUUUCAGCACAAGAGACCCRUGUAUGUUUUCCACAUCAGUUUGACUUUGCAUCAUCAAGAAGUGAGCUUGUUAAUAUUGCRAAGAUGUUAAAAACACUACACAGAAAACCACAUGACUCAUCUGACACUGGAUCUCUUCCACCUGAUUUAUGGCUKCGUUUUGGUAAAAUUAUCUUUGAAAUUGAAGAUGACCCAUUUGAAGUCAAGCUUGGUGUUAACUAUACAUUAUUGUUAGAUGAAGCCAAACAUUGGAGYGACAGGAUGGAGACUUUGCAAAACAGACUUAAAACAAUACGAAUGACUCCUGGAAACUCACUGACAGUUCAAAAGGAAAUAAUGUUGCAUAAGAAACUACUGGAGAAAAAUGCAGAACUUUACAUUCAGCGGUCCAAGGCAUUUUACCAUGAAUUCCCUAUGAGAACCAGUCUGUUAAMGUGGGAGAUUGAAGGGUUGGAUUUAAUGGUUCUUGCUGAUGAAUCAUACCAUGGCAAACAUAARGCAGUUGAGACAAUGAUGACACUCAAUACAGAAAGUACUUUUCCAGGGUCUGACAUGGAUUUCAGCACACUUUGGUGUCGCACUGUCAAAGGAACAUURGCAUCUCAUUGUGUUAAACUAAGAGACUAUCCCCAGUCAAUAUUCACUUCUAAGAAAGUUAGAUUAAGUGGUACUUUCCUUGCUGCUGAGCAAGCUGCUAGAGACAUUGCUAAGUAUGACUCAAAAAUAGUUGUUGACAAGCCAUGGAAUGACGUGGUUGUGCAGCGCAGUUUGACAGUUUUAAAGUAUUAUUACGACUUGGACUUUGAUGUUGAUACUUUGGAGUUGGCUUGGGGUGUAGACACUGAACCUGCACUUGCAAUGGUUUCCUUAGCUUUUGAUCAUCUGAGUAAACCCAGCAAAGACCCAAGCAAACCAUUGCCAUUUUACGACAAGAUCCGCYUAUUGCUACAUGGACGAUUACAUAUGGACAUUAAACARUGGCUGAUGUUCUUCAGUGCAGCUAGAAAUCCCUAUGAAAGAACAGAGCGUAUGGAAGUUGACUGGAGUAAUGUCGAUCUUCUGUGGACUAAUGGUCAUAUAGAGAUUGUUGGUGAUUUUGAUUUACAAACGCGUACAGCAUCACGGUAUGAUGACCGUCAGGUGUUGCACUUACCAGUAUUUAAAGUAUGUGCMGACAUGAAGUGGAAUUGUACAGGGAAUGCUAACGAUCACUUUAGUGUGAUGCCUUUUGCUCCUUCCAAGCUGCCUGAACUGGCUCCCAACCAAAUCCACGAUACCUAUGCAGCAUUUCGAUCACAAAGUUUGUCGUUACAUAUUUCUCUUGAAACUGCUAUUGAUAGAACCAAGUAUAACAACCAAGGUCCACCAAAUCUUUGUCUGUAUGCGAGUACCUUCAGAUGGUUCAAGAAAUACCAGGAGGUUGUCYUGAGGUACACAUCAAGACCGAUUAAACGUGGCAAGUAUUUCAAGAGAAUUCCUGUCAAGAAGAAGGCUCUWGGUCGACAUUACAAGGAAGUAAGCUUAUCUCUAAAGUUUCCUGAGCUGUCUGUUUGGUACUGGGGAUCCUUUUCACAACAACGUGGCUUUGAGGUGAAGUGYGGUCUUGGCUCAUUACAGACUCAGUACCGUCUUGCAUUGCGGCCCUUUGAUGGAGAUCUGACUCGACGACCUGCAGCUGAUUGGACAGCUACGAAACUACAUGUCCAAAUAAGGCAAAUCACGUGUCAUUUGUAUGGGGUGGAGCAGGCUGAUGGACAAGUGGAAGGUGAUGAAACUGAAGACGUGAGUUCAAUUGAUCUGGAGCCGACCAAGUAUUAUUUCCUAACCACAGAAAGUCUAGAGUACUAUCGUCAAGAUUCCAGUAAACCGCCAGGCCAAUCUGRUGACGGCGAUGAACCAGAUUCACAGAGCUUUAACCAUCAACUAGUUUGUCACGGCUCAAAAGGUGUCUGGACUCUCACCAACAGAAGAAUUAUCUUUGGUUUGUUUGAAGCUUACACCAACGCUGAGGUAUUGAAGAAGAACCUAUCAGCCGAUGCACUCAAGAUAACUAUUGUUGAAAAGAAGCAGAAAACCUCACCUGUAUCCCCAGAUGUAUCUACAAUGAARCCUCGUUCAAUGUCGCUUUUACAGAAGCUGGUAAGCGAAAAGGACUCCAAAUUCACCGUCUUCACGGAAGAGGGGACUGGUACAGUGGAACCAUCCGAGACUGCAUUACAGGGUGUGGCUCUGUGUUCUAUAGAUGAUGUUAUAUCUCACACAUGGCACAUAAAGUUGGUCAAUUCUCAAAUUCUACUGCAAGGRACAGAGACGAAGGGUGGUGUGCUUGUUACAGCUGGGAACACUACUGUACUUAACCGCUUACAUCGACCUGUAUGGAGUAAAACAGAACUGUUAAACAAGAAGACUUGGGUAGGAAAGCUUGAGAACCUACAGUAUUUUGCAACUGUAAGUCCKGAAGACAGCGUCAACCUCAACAACAUUCCCUGGCUUGAUAUCUCGGUUAUAACUGGCCGACAGGCACAGGAGAAGACUGGUUUCGACAUAGCGGACUUAGCUAAUAUCGUAGGGUCAGGGGAAGCGGUWGGUGGUGUAGUCACUGCUAUUGUUGGUGGAGCUACCGCUGGGCAAGAUGUUCCACAACUGCARCGAAUUGUCGCUCGUUGUGGMUGUGAAUUCUACUUUGUGAAUUUYAGCUCGGAAUUGGACCCUUUGGCUGAGAGCAUGACACCUAAUUUGGUGCCSCAGUCUCCAGCAUCAAGUAAUCAUUUGCGUGUCAAUAGACUUCCAACAGUAGAUACCUAUACAAUAAGACACAAGUUACUGGAAAUAUCAACCAACUCGUCCCAGUAUCUGAUGCUGAUUGACAUUGUCAAUAACGUGGUCUUGUAYACAGAACCAAAGAAGAAGGAGGCAAUAGAGAGACUGCAGAAAAUGACUUUUCGUUUGCAGUUGUCGGCAAUCGAAGAUCAACGGGGACAAAUCUUGAAGCAGCAAAAUAUUGUUAGGUCCCAUCAAGGAGAAAUGAAAAYCUUACAACGAGAUCUUUAUGAACUUAACUUAAUGCGUAAACAAGCCUUGGACAACCAAGAGCUAAUUGAGGCCAUGGUUGAACUUGAACGGAACAUUUCAAACAAGAAAGAGUUACUAAACUCUGGUAGUACAGAACUUAAACUACUGAUCAGUGCUUACAAAGAUUUCCAGAUGAAUUUAAGUACACCAACACCUGAGAAAGCUCCCUCAGCUCGUGCUGAUCCCACUAAACUGGCCGAGGYUCACUUUAACCACGUGUCAUGGCAACUGAAUCAAGCAGACGGACAGCUCGAGAUAGCAGACGUUACCUUUAGGAACUUUAGUUACAGUAAAACUACUCUCACUGAUGCUACCAUUGAACACAGAUUUGAAAUUCCAAAGUUUAACGUUAGAAAUCUUCUACCAAACAGUAUUUAUAAGGAUGUACUGAUGCAGAACUCUGUCAGUGGUCAAGGUCAAAAAGACAGAUCUGUAAUGGUUCGCUUGUACUGUCGGGUAAAGCCACCAGUUGCAGGAAUUGGUAUCAAGGAACAUCUCGAGGUCAACGUUUGUCCUCUAUCAGUAGGUCUGACACAUCGAUUGUUUAGUAAAAUCAUGGUAUUUUUCUUCCCGCAACGUGCUCACGAGUACGAGUCUGACGUCACUGACGUGGAUCUUUUUUAUAAAGGAGGUGCUGAUCAAGAUGAGAAGGAUUUUGGAGAUGAUGAUCUUUUCACRGCAGACGACCUUGAGGAUGUCCAGUUAAAGACAACGAAUCUAAAGCGUUGCCCUAGUACAGCCUCUUCGAUCUCAUCAUCGUCGGAUACCUCAGUGGACUCAUCCAAGGGUAAAAAGAGCUUAUUGACGUCUCAUACUGAUGCUUCUCCAUCCUCUCCUGGUGCAAAAGACAAGGGCAAAAAGAAAAGCACGUUUUACAGACCUCUAGAGGAACACGACGACUUGGAGAAGAUGAAAGAACGAGCCUCUAAGAAUCACUCGUUCAUCUACGUGAAAGUUACAGAAGUCUUGCUCUGUGUCAGUUACAAGGGUGAGAAGGAGAAGAAUAUUGUCGAUGUGCGCAAUUUCAACCUAACCCUCCCUACCCUGGAGUACCACAAUCGUACGUGGACAUGGCACGAUCUAUUGAUAGCAAUGAAAAAGGACUGCAUUAAUGUAUUAGUAUCGCAGAUCAUCAAGGAGAAACUUCACUUGAAAGGAGCUCAUGGCAUGGAAGGCAAAGAUGCCAAAUCCCAACCAAGGUCUUCUUCAGCCAGACGGUGCCGGUCCAGAACCUGUGAAUCUUGAAGGUGAAGUCUACCAACAGAGAAGCGACGAAGAGCAAGAACCAGAGGAACUACCAGAAGAAACGCAAUGACAUCGUCUAAGAAUAAAACUAUGGCAUGCCUUUGUACAAAGGAAGCUUAAUGAUAUAAGAAUUAUGAUAAUGCAUAUAUUGAUAUUUCARUGAAUUUAGCGAUUAAUCAAUUGAACAGUUUUCAGAAAAUUUACAAGAGAAGUUUUAGGAAAAAAAGAGCUCUAUUCUGCARCACGUGAAAACAUGUAUAAUAUUUCUAUUUAUCUGGAUAUUGUUUUAACAACGAUGAAAGGGACUGGGAUCGACUCUUGUAGGUGUGGUCAUAGUUACUUACUAUGGUGGAUGGAAAAUGUGGACAAAAGUCUUUAACAGAAAACUGAGCUAAAACUGACAACUAAAAGGGAUUUUUACUUGUAGAGGAUUUUUUGUCCAUCUUUGUAAUGACAAUAUUAAGAAAUACGCUUCAUAAUUCAAAUGAGAAUUAAUUAAAUUUGAAUGGAUAUAAUGUCGAAAAA